CCUUCUGUGAAUGUUUGUCAUAGUGGCGCACAACGUGGGUAAAACUACCGAUGUGUUGUAAAAGUUUUUUUCCUAAACAUAACUUUUUUUUCUUUCUUUUUUUGUCACAUAUGAUGUUUGUUUUUGUAACUCCAACUGUGACCAAUUGAAACUACAGUGUUCUCUUUGGUUCACACAGAUAUGGGCUAAAUUAUUUCUCCGCCCCUCGUUUAUCUAACGUUACCGAGUUCAUCAUCUCACGUGGAGUUACAGAUCAUUAGUCGAAAUGCAACUGAAGACUAAAGAGUUUGAGUCAUUGUUUACUGACGGACUGCUUGUUCUGGCUGAAAUGUUUGAAAAGAACCAGUUUGAGCUGAGGAUUGCAGGAGGGGCAGUGCGCGACCUUCUGUCAGGAAAACGGCCUGAAGAUGUGGAUUUUGCCACCACAGCCACUCCAGAGCAAAUGAAGAGCAUGUUCCAGGCAGCAGGAGUCAGGAUGAUUAACAACAAAGGAGAGAGACAUGGGACCAUUACGGCCAGGCUUCAUGAUGAGAACUUUGAAGUGACCACUUUGCGAGUGGAUGUACAGACCGAUGGGCGGCAUGCAGAGAUGGAGUUUACCACUGACUGGCAGAAGGAUGCAGAGCGCAGAGAUCUCACCAUCAACUCCAUGUUUCUUGGGCUAGAUGGAACUCUCUAUGAUUAUUUCCAAGGGUAUGAGGACCUCAAGAACAGGAAAGUAAGGUUUGUCGGCAGCGCCUCACUACGGAUCCAAGAGGACUACCUUCGAAUUCUGAGAUAUUUCAGAUUUUACGGGCGGGUGGCAACUGAGCCUGGGCAACAUGAACCCGAGACUCUGGAGGCAAUAAGAGAGAAUGCCAGAGGAUUGGCAGGAAUCUCAGGUGAGAGGAUCUGGGUGGAGCUGAAGAAGAUGCUGGUUGGAGACCAUGCUGAUCACCUGCUGGAGCUUGUCUAUGAGUUGGGUCUUGCCCAGUAUACUGGUCUUCCAGCAGAUGGCAAUGUUGAGGAGAUGAAGCAGACCUGGCAGAAGGCUCAUGACUGCUCUCCUAAACCCAUGACUAUCCUGGCUGCUCUGUUCCGAAGACAGGAUGAUGUGGAGAAACUAGAUCUGCGACUGAAACUAUCCAGAGAGGAGAAAAACUUGGGCCUCUUCCUGGUCAAAUACAGACGAGAUCUCGUAAAGGAACAGGACGAACGUGACGACAUGAAACCAUACACUGAUUUCAUCAUUGAUUCUAGAGAGCCGGAGUCCCAGAGUAAAGUCUUGGAGCUGCUAAAAUAUCAGGGGGAAAAGAAGCUCUUAGAUGAACUGAGCAGGUGGUCCAUCCCGCGCUUCCCAGUGAGUGGGCAUGACCUACGCAAACUGGGUUUUACCUCGGGUAAAGAGAUUGGCACCAUCCUUCAGGAGCUAAGGGACACGUGGAAGAAGAGCCACUGUCAGAUGAGCAAGGAGGAAGUCCUGGCCACCCUCAGCACAUCCUGAUUUCAGAUAAGAGAACGUGCUUAUGUCUCUGCAUGCUUGUACAAUAUAAUGCAUUAUGAGUCUGUGUACAGAAGUUGUACCUCCAUAGUGUCAGUGGAUAGUGUGAGAAAGAACCAUCAGGGCAGUGGUAUAAAUCAUUUGGUCCUAUGCCUUUGCAGAUAAAAUGCAACCAAAGGUUUAGAUCUAUCUGUGGUUGCUAUCUUGGGAUUUUGUAUUGCCUAUGAUUUAUUUAGAUGCUUUUCAGGGUGCAGAAAAUGUCUUGGAGCAUCAAAGUGCACAUUUUCAGAUUUUGAAUGCAUAACAUAGUUAACAUGAGAAACAUGGAGCAUCAUAAAACCGUGAGCAUCAUAAACACUCUCUAAAAAGUUUUCUUUAUAAAUUAAUCAUGAAUUUCCUUAUCUUUUUUUAUUUUUAUAAAUGGGGAUUUAGUUUGACAAAAUAUCAUAUUCAUUCAUUAACAUAAUUGGUUUGAACAAGGAUGCAUCUAAAAUGAAUGACACAAUGAUGCAAAGUUCAUUUUGUUUUUUGUUGAUUUGAUGUGGGAUUUUGCCCUUUCAGAAGAAUGGUGUAAUUAUUAUAGUGAAGGGAGUAAUUUAGCUCUCUUGCAGAGAAGACUUCUCAUAUGAAGCUGUAGCCAUGGUUUCAUUACGAGGAAAUUUGUGUUGCUUUUGUCAAUAGUUCAUAGUUUUUAGAAGGUUAUGCAACCAGCUCUCCAGGUGUUUACUUUGAAAUAAAUGAACCCACACCAAUUCA